UUACAUAUAUCAACAUUGAAGACACUAAUGACCAAUGUAAUGGUGGUAAUACUUCACUUGAGGUCAAUAAAAAGAAAAUGUUUAUUUUCUCUCAAAUGCCCAUAAAAAUUGGAUGAAUUGCAACUUUUUUAUGUUUUUGUUUAGAGUAAAUAUAGUUAGUUGAUGGCAUGUUUAUGUUUAAUCCCUUCAGUGCGGGGACGAUGCUUGUAACACUUUAUUUGACCAAUGGCAGAUGAUUUUAUUCAGCUUAGAGAGGAACCUGUACACAAGAGGUUAAACUGAUGAUAGACUCGCCAGGGAGAAACAAUAUAACACUUUAAUUGUUAACCUAACCUAACCUUAACCUUGUCUUACCUAAUUUAAAUUAACCUAACCUAAUGUACAGUACUUCCAUCCAAGGACAAGUAUAUAUUAGAAGUUUUGGUAAGGUUACGUUAGGUUUGUUCACUGGGAUGAUCUUAGUUACGACAAAUCAUUGGUUUCUGGUCUGCUGAUGAUGGCUGCUACACGGAGGCGGCGCAUCUACGAAAAAAAAAAGUAUGAAAGUUACAAUUCUUCCAAACUUUUAUUAAAAUUCACGAGAGGAAACAAGUUAACUUUUAUAGAAUUUUUCAGGUGAUAAAUUUUUUCUAAGAGGUUGAUGAUGUACCUGUGAUGGCCUGACAUACCUUAUAUAGCUUGUGUGGCCUCUACCCUACACUGUAUGUCUUGUCUCUACUUAUUACAGGUCAUUAUGUCAGUCAGGAGAACUCAUUACAGGCGAUUAUGUCUGUCAGCAUAAUUACAGGUCAUUAUGUCAGUCAGGAGAACUCAUUACAGGCUAUUAUAUCUUAAAAAACUCAUUACAGCCUGUUAUGUCAGUCAGAACUCAUCACAGUCCAUUUUGUCUGUCUGCAGAACUCAUUACAGGCUGUUGUAUUAGUCAGCAGCACCCAUUACAGGCUAUUGUGUCAGUCUUACUAAUCUUAAACUGUCUGAUUUAGCAGGACUGAACCGCUGAGGUGAAACAAGCUGGGGGCUAAUCUUCAGCUGAGAGUGUGUCGGUGGUGCACUGAGGUCUUUGUCCCUCCUCUCGAUGAACAGAGACCAAGGAUGGACAACGGGAGUCAGACGUCACCCUCCAGCAAGCAAGUGUGCAAGAGAACCCAGUAUGAGGACCCCUUUGCUCUCCAUUCCCUCCUCUCUACUUCUGGAAGCCUUUUGGAUAACGAAAACUCUCUAUUCCUGGGACCGUUGAUGCCGCCCUUAAGAAGUAUCGAAGACCAGUGUGAAGGCGGUAACUCUCGUAGCGGCAGUGGACGAGGCGGAGGAAUCUUACAGCCGUCGAGUGCACCCACGUCUCCCCAACACAGACACAGCAGCGCGACCUCCCCUCCCCCCCUCUCCCCCGUACCCCUUGGCGCCUCUGUCUCCUCCACAUCGUCUGACCCAAACUUCCACGCAACCAGCCUUAGAGAGAGAAAUGCGGCUAUGCUAAAUAAUGAACUCAUGGCCGACGUACAUUUUGUUGUGGGUCAACCAGUAAUAGAUGUGAUUGCAGUAUAUACCUUGACAGGGAGCACCCAAAGAAUCCCCGCUCAUAAGUAUGUGUUGGCCGUGGGCAGCAGUGUGUUCUAUGCCAUGUUUUAUGGAGGGCUGAAGUCUGAGGAAGAGGUGCAGGUGCCUGAUGUAGAACCUUCUGCCUUCCUCACUCUGCUUAGGUACCUGUACUGUGAUGAGAUCCGCCUGGAGCCCGACACGGUGCUGGCGACGCUCUACGCUGCCAAGAAAUAUCUCGUACCUCACUUGGCUCAGCAGUGUGUAAAAUUUCUCGAGGUUUCCUUAACAGCUCGAAAUGCUUGCCUUCUUCUCUCCCAGUCAAGGCUGUUUGAGGAACCCGAAUUGAUGACGCGCUGCUGGGAGGUCAUUGAUGCCCAGGCGGAGAUGGCACUACAGUCUGACGGCUUCGUUGAUAUUGACUUUCCAACCCUGACCAGCGUUUUGUCAAGAGAAACUCUGAACUGUCGGGAGAUUGUUCUCUUCGACGCGGCGUUGUCGUGGGCCGAGGCCGAGUGCACCCGGCAUGAAAUGGAACUAACGGCCGAGAAUAAACGAAAGGUUUUAGGCACAGCGUUGAACUUAAUCCGCAUCCCCUGCAUGGAGUUGGGGGAAUUUGCUAAUGGAGCGGCACAGUCGGGAAUCCUCACCCUUCAAGAAACCACAGACCUCUUCUUGCAUUUUACAGCUCGGAACAAACCCUUAGUCUCGUACCCGGUCAAGCCAAGACAAGGACUGAAGAAGCAGAUCUGUCACAGAUUUCAGUCUUCAGCUUACAGAAGUAAUCAGUGGCGGUACAGAGGGCGUGUCGACUCCAUUAACUUCAUGGUGGACAAGAGAAUAUUUGUUGUGGGUUACGGUCUGUACGGGUCGUCGAGCGGGGCAGCGGACUACAACGUCAGGAUUGAGUUGAAGAAGUACGGUGAGGUGCUAGCUGAGAGCACAACAAAAUUCUUCUCCGACGGGUCGUCCAACACUUUUCACGUGUACUUCACACACCCAGUACAAGUGGAGCGCGAUGUAUAUUAUACUGCAUCUGCUAUUUUGGACGGAGCAGAACUGUCAUACUUUGGACAAGAGGGGAUGAGUGAGGUGAACAUGGGGGCCCUCACCUUCAUGUUUCACUGCUCCUCUGAGAGCACUAACGGUACAGGUGUACAGGGCGGCCAGAUCCCAGAACUUAUAUUUUACGGCCCGAGUCUUGAGGCAUCGGAUAAAUAGUCACUUUCUUCCAUUAGAAGAUAUUGUAAUACUAGAAUAAACGAUGGUUAUACCAUUAAUGUAUUAUAGAACUUUAAGGACACCUGUACAUGGUGGUAUUAAUCUUCCUCUAUCAUAUGAACCUUAUUAUCAUCAUUAAUCUUGUUAUUAUUAGUAAUGUAUUAUUAUUAUUAUUAUUAUUAUUAUUGUUAUCAUCAUCAUCAUCAAUAUUAUUGUUAUU